AUGGCUUUUCGGUUUUCACUGAAGGUUUUCUCUCUGGUAUGCGUAGUCUUUGUGACAACAAUAACUAGCUAUAACGAAGCUCGUAUCCUCAAAGAAGAGAGUGAUGAUAUGGUUCAAGACAAAUUACCGAUUCUCCCACCUCUCCCUUUUCCUAUUCCGCCUUUUCCAUUCCCAUUACCAAAUGUUCCUGGCCUUCCCCCUCUCCCUUCAUUGCCAUUACCACCUGGGUUUCCUAAUAUUCCAGGUCUUCCCCCUUUGCCUUCAUUGCCAUUUCCACCCUUUGGCCCUGCAGGGUUUCCCAAUAAAUAUUCCAGGGCUUCUUCCCCCUAUCCCUUCAUUGACACUAUUCCCACCCCGCCCCCAAGCUCCUAA